AUGAACUCCCUCCGCCUUGCCACGCGACAUCUCAAACCAAACAUCACCCGAAAACCAAUAGCCACCGCCAGCAAGAUGAUAGCCCCAGAGAUCCAAGUCAACACUACCCCAGACCUAAGCCUCGCAGACCUCUACUCAUUCCCCGCCUUCAAAACCUGGAUAACAACCCUCCAGCAUUCCCUCUCCAGACAACAAAACCCCUCACACGAAUUCCACCAAGACCCCUAUGUGCUCCGCAAAAUCGAAAUUCAAGCCGUCGACCGAUUCGGAGGCGCGCGACUUGGGUUCGUCAAGCUAAAAGCCUCCGUAUCAAAUGGCCAGGGCGAGACUCUACCGGGAAGUGUAUUUCUACGUGGUGGCAGUGUUGGCAUGUUGCUGGUCUUGCAACCGGAUGAUAUUGCCAAUCCGACAGAUAAUGAUGAGCGCGCUAUCCUCACUAUCCAGCCCCGCAUCCCCGCGGGCUCGUUGGCGUUCCCUGAAAUUCCGGCGGGUAUGCUGGAUGAUAGUGGGACGUUUGCUGGUGGGGCGGCGAAGGAAAUUCAGGAAGAGACGGGGCUGUUGGUUGAACAGGGUGAUUUAAUUGAUAUGACUCUAUUGGCUUCGAAAGCUGGGCAAGACUCUAAUGGCGAGUCUUUGCAACAUGCUGUCUAUCCUUCGGCGGGUGGAAGUGAUGAGUUCAUUCCUUUAUUCUUGUGUCAGAAGGUUAUGCCGAGGAAGGAGAUUGAAGAUUUACAGGGGAAAUUGACUGGUCUUCGGGACGAAGGGGAGAAGAUCACGCUUAAGCUUGUUCCUUUGGCUGAUCUUUGGAAGGAAGGGGUUAGAGAUGGGAAAACUCUGGCUGCUUGGGGAUUGUACCAAGGGCUAAAGAGUGAGGACUUGCUCUGA